CCACUACCGGGCAUUCUACUGAUAGUCUAGUCGAUGUUUUCACUUGGCAAACAUUUUCAAUACCUACAUGUAUCAAAGCAAAUAUUUUCACAGCAGUUUGAUUUAAACGAGAAAGCACAAUGGAUCAUGUUUCUCCAGGUAAUACAUUGAAGACAGUACAAAUUAAUCAGCAAAAUUGUAUGCAGUACUAUGUUAUGCAGACUGACAUAGUGAUGGUAAUACUAAGCUGGUAACAAGGAUGGUAAAGUGUCUAUCCAGAGGAUUGGUCAACCAAUAUAUCGCUGGCGCAUCAGCAUGCCUCAGCGUCGUGAACUCCGCCGCUUGUUACGGAUGGGUCACACCUAUCCUAGACAACAUACUGGGACCUGACAGUGUGAUUCCUAUGACUGAGGAGGAAGCGUCUCUGGCGAUCUCUAUUUCUGAACUUCCAGGUCUAAUAGUUCCACUGCCUAUUGGAUUCUUGUCCAACUACAUAGGCCGCAAACCCGUCCUUUUGGCCUCUGGGCCUCUCUUCAUCAUCAGCUGGCUCAUGAUCGUCCUCUGGCCAUCGAUGGCAAUGCUCAUGGUCGCUCGGAUCAUUCAAGGCAUCGCUGUCAGUCUGGCGUUCACAGCAGCACCAGUCUACUUGGGCGAAAUUGCGAGUGACUCUUUCAGGGGAAACAUAACAAGUAUAUUCUUCAACUGUUGGUGGCUCGGAUAUCUUGUGGAAUAUGCGGUUGGUCCUUACCUUAGUUUUAUCCCCUUCACGUACUUUACACUUGCCUUAAACGUGCCUUUUCUAGUUUUAUUUUUUUGGCAACUCGAUAGCCCCUAUUAUUACAUGAUGAAGGGCAACGAAGAAAAGGCACUGGAAUCGUUGCAAUGGUUUAGGGACUCUACUCCUGAAGGACUGAAAGAGGAACUAGAAAAAAUAAAACUGAGCAGUGAGGAUCUCAAGAAGUCGCUCAGUAUGUGGGACAUUGUAGCUACUCCAGAAGACAGGAAAGCACUCAUGUUACUAAUGUCCCUGACGGCUGUCAGACUUUUAAGUGGUGCUGGCUCGCUUUUAGUUUAUGCUACUAACAUAUUUGAUCACACUCCUAAUUGUUUAAUAUCAUCUGAUAAUGCUACCAUAAUGUUUGGAACUGUUAUGUUAAUUGGAGGUUGCAUUAGUUCAUUUACGUCCGACUCGCUUGGAAGAAGACCUCUUUUAAUGAUAUCUUGCAUUGGCUCUUUUAUUUGCCAAUUAUUUACAGGAAUUUAUUAUUAUUUGUUGUUCAAUACUUCUUGGGAUGUGUCUGGUUACAGUUGGAUAGCCGUAGCUUUAAUUAUAUUAUAUUCAGGAUUAUGUUCCUUUGGAAUGUUUCCAGUUUGUGCUGCGUACACAUCAGAACUGUUUACUUCUAAUACCAGAGGCAUAGCUUCUAGCCUUAGUACCAUUAAUGCUAAUGGAGUGUCAUUCAUUGCUCUUGUGGCGUACCAACCAACUACUGACUUUUUGGGACUUUACGCCAAUUUUAUUAUUUAUGCAGUGAUCGUUUUUGUUGGAGGCAUUUACUUUUAUUUCGCGGCACCAGAAACAAAAGGGAAAUCAUUUCAUGAAAUUAGAACAGAACUGUGUGCAAACACGUCGUAACUUUUGUCAAUUAAUAAUAUAAGAUCUGUUAAAUACUACAGAAUUUUUCUGAUGGUAACACACUACAUUAAUCAGUGAUGCGUGUAACGUUCAAUAUUCAAAAUCCAUUAUGGUUAUUUAUAAAAAAUUAUAGUGUUUCUGAUAAGACCGAUAAAAUGUCUGAUCAUCUCUUACUGCUGUGCAAUUUUCAUCAUAGAGUACAAAAAGAUGGAGCCAAUAUGCAUUGUAUAAAUACACAAGCCUUUUUUUUCGUAAACAGGAUAAAAUUUGGCUCAUCAGAAAAAUCGAAAUAGGAAGGAAGCGAAAUUAUUAAAAGAUAUUUUACAAAUUAAAUUUGACAUUUAAAACCAACUAUCAGACAUACAAUAGUAUAGUUACUAAGCAAAAGCCAACUAAUCUGAAUAUGACCCAGUGGUGUAACUACCGAAGGAUGAGGGGAAUAGAGACCCCCUCCUCAGCACCAAGAGAUCUAAAAAUCUAAAUAUAAUAAUCGUAUGACCUCAAUCCAACUUGCCUGAAAUGCAACAGUUGAAUGUUAUGCCUUGGAUUAGGAUUAUAUAAUAAUUCCAAACUUAGGUGUAAGCCUACUCAAUUUUAUUCCGUACCACACAGGAUGAUAUAUUCUUGAAUCAUAUUCACCCCCCACCCACUGUCUCCAAAGCGAAAUCGUAGUAACGUCACUGAUACAAAUUGAAAGUUUCUGUGUUUAGUUUAUAUUGAGAUUAUAAUAGCCCACAUUGAAUCUCUCAAGGUCAAUUGGACUAGCCUCAAGGUGGAAUAAAAAUGCCAAGUUUGGUGCGUAUAUAUGAGCAUCAUGUAAUAUUCAAUGGCACUAGAAUUAACUUAAGGAGGAAUUAUUUUUAGUCAGUAAGUAAUAAUUUUAAGUAUUACAUUGAUCCUUUGGUACAAAAUACUCCCGUAAAAUAUCUCAAUAUUGUUACACCAUCCUAUAUAGAUAUUUAUAAAAACCCCAAAUUUAAAUUUAUGACGAUAGAAAAACUGCCAACGUUAAGAAAUAAAUGUGAUAUUAUUAUAAGGAAUUAUAUAAAAUGCUUAUCUGAUCAGAUAGUGCGUAAUUAGUGGCAAUAUAUUUAAAUUGUAUUUAAUUAUAGUUUAUAGCAUAAGGAAUUAAAUCUGUUACAUAAUAAGUAUAUACCAGGGAAAUACAAAUAAGUUGGGAAAUCAGUGCAAGUGGGUCUUAAUCGACUAAAACUCAUCCAUAAUUAUAAUAUUGCGCUCUGUAUGACCACUAUAUUCAAACAAAACAUACUUAGAAUUGUAAAUAUUAUGCAAUAUCUAGGAAUAAUUUUAAAAAUUUUCAAGAUAGGAAGAAACGUUACUUUAGUUUGAAUUUUGAUUU